AUGGUGUCUUGCUAUAAAAAGUCGUUAUUUCAACCACAUCGGCCGCAUACUUGGAGCGUCAGCCUGAGUGCGUAUGUAAAAGAAUACGCCUUCACCAUAGCCGCCAAUUCGGAAGUCACAUCUGAGACAUACUUUGGACUUCCACAGCACCGCUCUCCAGACCCGCGUGGACAGCAUUCUGGCCGACCCGCAUGUUUAGCCGGUGAAAAGGUGUUUUGGACAAGUGAAAGUGUGAAGCCGGACACGGUGAUACAUCGCACACAACGUUAUGGAGAACUUGCAGAAUGUGACUUCGCGGACGAGCUCGAACCAAAGGACAGCCUCGCUGGUCACCACGACCCAGAUUGCACCUCUCUCGGACAUCGUGAAUCCAGGCUCUCUAAUGCCGGCCAACCUCAUGCGGCCAACUCUGAAUCAACUGCCAGUUAUGGCAUCAAAACGGAUAAUGCUUGUGCUGGAUAA